GGAGGUGGAAGCCGCAAAAGGAAAAGAAGAAAGUGCAACGGAAGGGAAUCAGAGAAAAUUGCAGAAGAGAGAGCCAAUGCCUCUCUCUCUAACCUUUUCUCUUCUUUCUCUUCUCUUUGCUCUCUCUCUCUGAUUCCUUGACGACCGUGGGUUCCGCGACUGGAUCGAGGAGAACGGUUAGGGUUGGGUUUGCCUUACAUUCUGUGAUCGGAACUUUUCGUUUUCUGAUCGGUUUCCCUAAUCUCGUUUUUACGUAUGAACUGUUCCGUCCGUCCGGGGUUUCCUUCGAAUUCGGGCCACUUCAUCACGUGCCUCCUGAUCUUCACGCUCCAUUUCUCGCCUCAAUUCUCUCUUGCCCUGUAUAAAUCUGUUAGAGGGUUCUUAUACGGGAUCUCGUCCAGAUGGACUCGAGGGAGCGAAAUUUAUGCCUAUCGAACUCGGCAUCUUGUUAUACAAGAGGUGCGAGGACAAAGUCAUCCCCUUCCGUUAUUGUCAUCGGCGGUGGCAUUGCUGGUAUAGCUGCUGCUCGUGCGCUUCACGAUGCCUCUAUCCAGGUUGUUCUGCUGGAGUCGCGGAACAGGAUCGGAGGCCGCGUAUGCACAGACUAUUCGUUUGGUUUUCCCGUUGACCUAGGUGCAUCAUGGUUGCAUGGUGUUUGUGAAGAAAAUCCUUUAGCACCCGUGAUAGGAAGACUUGGACUCCCCUUAUACCGUACUAGUGGAGACAACUCCGUUUUGUAUGACCAUGACUUAGAGAGUUAUGCGCUUUUUGAUAUGGAUGGGAACCAAGUUCCUCAAGAAUUAGUUGCCGAGGUUGGUGAGAUAUUUGAAAAAAUUCUGAAAGAGUCUGAUAAACUAAGGGAUGAAAUUAGCGAAGAUGUAUCUAUGCGUAAGACCUUUUCAAUUGUCCUGGAAAGGCGGCCAGAUUUAAGGCAAGAAGGACUGGCCCACAAGGUUUUGCAGUGGUAUUUAUGCAGAAUGGAGGGUUGGUUUGCUGCUGAUGCAGACACUAUUUCAUUAAAAAAUUGGGAUCAGGAAGUGCUGCUCCCUGGUGGACAUGGGCUGAUGAUAAGAGGGUAUCUUCCAGUUAUUAAUACGCUUGCUAAGGUUCUGGACAUCCGCCUUGGACACAGGGUUACACAGAUCUCCUGGAGGUAUCAUGGAGUUCAAGUCACUGUUGAGAAUGGAAAAGUUUUCACAGCAGAUGCAGCUGUCAUUACAGUGCCCCUUGGAGUUCUGAAAUCCAAGGUUAUAAAGUUCGAGCCUAAGCUGCCUGAGUGGAAGGAAGCAGCAAUUGCAGACUUAGGAGUGGGUGUGGAGAAUAAGAUUAUUCUGCAUUUUGAGAAGGUUUUCUGGCCUAAUGUUGAGUUUCUAGGAGUGGUUGCUCCAUCGACUUACGAAUGUGGCUAUUUUUUGAAUCUCCACAAGGCAACAGGAUACCCUGUUCUGGUAUACAUGCCUGCAGGCCGGCUUGCAAAUGACAUUGAGAAGUUAUCAGAUGAAGCAGCUGUUAGUUUUGCAUUUUCUCAACUUAAGAGGAUUCUCCCUGAUGCAACUGACCCGAUCCAGUAUCUUGUUUCUCACUGGGGAACCGAUGUGAAUUCCCUUGGCUCUUAUAGUUAUGAUGCUGUCGCCAAAGCUCAUGACCUGUAUGAAAAGCUGCGGAUCCCAAUCGACAAUCUCUUCUUCGCAGGGGAAGCCACAAGCAUGAAGUAUCCAGGUUCCGUACAUGGGGCAUUCUCAACUGGGAUAAUGGCUGCUGAAGACUGUAGAAUGCGUGUUUUGGAGAGAUACGGUGAUCUAGCUUUGCUCCAACCAGCUAUUGGAGAAGAAACCAACUUCUCCGUCCCCUUGCUGAUUUCACGCCUGUAAUUUACGGGCUUGUGCAUGCAUGGGUAACCAAGUUAUGCCAUGGGGAGCGGUUUGAAAAUUUCCCAGGGCUUCAUUGGAACCAAGGCUGAUUCACCACGGCAUGAGCUUUCGAGUUCGCAAUGUGGUAUUAUGUUGAUCUCUAUCUUGUGGUGGCUAUAACUGAAGAUUGAAGUGCAAAGAUGCACUGGACUACAAUAGAUACACAGAACUAUAUCUCUAGUCUAUUAUCUUGGUUGAAACAGGGUGAGUGCAUUUUUUCA